AACCAGUUGACGGUCUUGUCUUUCUUCAAUACCAACUCUUCUCCUUCCUCUCUCUCUCUCCCCAUAAACCAGAGAGAGCCUGAAACAAUGCAUGCCCUUGAAACCCAUUAAAAACCAGACCUACAGUUUCACUAUUUCAAGCAUUACAAGACUGGUAGUACCCGUGGUAGCGUUUUCCCUUAAAAAUGCAGACCCGAAAUCUGUUCUUUCACGUCCUACUUCUUUUUCAUGUUUUCCUUUUAUUUCCGGUGUCAAAAUCUGAUCUUUCGGCCGACAGAGCGGCGCUUCUUGAUCUCCGGCAGUCGCUCGGUGGCCGUACGCUCCUCUGGAAUGCUACUGCGACCAGCCCUUGUAAUUGGGCGGGUGUCACUUGCGAGCAAGGCCGGGUCGUGGUCCUCCGAUUGCCCGGCGUGGCCCUUUCUGGUGAACUCCCCACCGGCAUUUUCAGUAACCUGACCCAGCUGCGCACUCUCAGUCUCCGACUCAAUGCUCUCACCGGACAGCUUCCCUCGGAUCUCGCUUCGUGUACUGGGCUCCGCAAUUUGUACCUCCACGGGAACCACUUUUCCGGCGAAAUCCCGGAGUUUUUGUUCGGAAUGAAGGAUCUUGUGCGUGUCAAUCUUGCUAGUAACAAUUUUACGGGUGAGAUCUCUGUGGGUUUUGAUAAGUUACCGAGAUUGAAGACUCUGUACCUUGAGAACAAUGGGUUGUCAGGUUCGAUUCCAGCUUUGAAAGUCCCAAAAGUGAUUCAAUUUAAUGUUUCAAAUAAUAUGUUAAAUGGGCCGAUACCGGAGAGGUUUCAGAGGUUCGAUUCGAGCUCAUUUUCGGGUAAUUCAUUGUGUGGUAGACCACUCGAGGUUUGUGCUGGUGAGAGUGCAAAUGUGCCGAGUACAGGCAUUGUGGAGCCUGAAAAUAAGAAGAAGAAGUUAUCUGGUGGAGCAAUUGCAGGUCUUGUGAUUGGAUCCGUGGUGGGUUUGAUCUUCAUUCUUCUAAUAUUGUUCUUCUUGUGCCAAAAGAAGGGGAACAAGAAGUCUAGGUCGAUUGACAUUGCUUCAAUCAAGCAUCAAGAGCUGGAGAUUCCGGGGGAGAAGCCGAUUGGGGAGGUUGAAAAUGGAGGGUAUGGAAAUGGGUUUUCAGUGGCCGCAGCCGCAGCGGCUGCUAUGACUGUGAAUGGGAAGGGAGAAGCUGCAGCUGCUGCAAAUGGCGGAGCCAAAAAACUCGUGUUUUUCGGGAAUGGGGGGAGAGUGUUUGAUUUGGAGGACUUGUUGAGGGCCUCGGCGGAGGUAUUGGGGAAAGGGACUUUCGGGACGGCCUAUAAGGCGGUACUCGAGAUGGGGACUGUGGUGGCAGUGAAGAGGUUGAAGGAUGUGACUAUUUCAGAUAAAGAGUUCAGAGAGAAGAUUGAAGGGGUGGGAUCCAUGGACAAUGAGAAUUUGGUGCCACUCAGGGCUUACUAUUAUAGCAGGGAUGAGAAGCUGCUUGUCUAUGAUUACAUGGCCAUGGGAAGCUUGUCUGCACUUUUGCAUGGAAAUAAAGGAGCAGGUAGAACGCCCCUGAAUUGGGAGACUCGUUCGAGCAUUGCCCUUGGAGCUGCCCGGGGGGUUGAGUACCUACACUCUCAAGGUCCAAACAUCUCUCACGGAAAUAUAAAAUCUUCUAAUAUUCUCCUCACUAAAUCCUACGAAGCCAGAGUCUCUGAUUUUGGCCUUGCCCACCUUGUCGGCCCUUCAUCCACUCCCAACAGAGUUGCCGGCUACCGUGCACCGGAGGUAACUGACCCUCGCAAAGUAUCUCAGAAGGCCGAUGUAUAUAGCUUUGGUGUAUUACUACUGGAGCUACUGACUGGGAAAGCACCCACUCAUGCCCUCUUGAACGAAGAGGGGGUCGACCUUCCCAGAUGGGUACAGUCCAUAGUUCGAGAGGAAUGGACAUCUGAGGUGUUCGAUCUUGAGCUCCUUAGGUACCAAAAUGUAGAGGAAGAUAUGGUUCAGCUCUUGCAGCUCGCAAUAGAUUGUGCUGCUCAGUACCCCGAUAACCGCCCUUCAAUGCCCGAAGUGUCAAGGCGGAUUGAGGAGCUGUGUCGUUCAAGCCAGCGAGAAGAUCACGAUCCACAGCCUGAUGUCAUCAAGGAUGUUGACGACAACUCCUCUUCUCGACGAGUAUAAUGAUCAUCUUUGCUAUGUUAUGCCCAUAAUUAUAAUGUUUAAUCAUGUGCUUAUGUUGUAUGUUUAUCUGGGCCUCAAAUCUUUCUAUCUUUUUUUUUCUUCCUUUUUUAAAUUUCUUCAUUGAUACUUUUAGGGUUCAUAUCUGUCCCAAUUGUUCUUUGUUGGGUGGAUCAUAUGGUGGUUGUAAUUAUUACAUUCACUUUAACUUUUUUCCUCUUUGAUGAUGCAAACUUUUGAUCUGUUUUAGAUGGAGAUGGGUUGGUUGCUUUGAA